AUGGCCAGUCUGAUUUCCAAGUGGGUUUUCUCUUGCUUUGGCGGCGGCGCUCCCCCGAAAGACAAGCUCUACAACAUCGACUGCCUGGCCAAGAUCGCCAGCGCCACGCCCUUCCAGGUCUGCGAGCUCGAAGCCCUCCACGAGCUCUUCGCUAGUCUGUGCCAGGGCGAGGAUCGCAGCUUCAAGCUGAGCAAGGCCACCUGGGCGCAGGGCUGCCGGAUGAGCGCGCGCUUCUUCGACAUGUUCGAUGUGGACCGAGAUGGGCGGCUGAAUUUCGACGAGUUUGCGCGCGGCCUCGCGGUCUUCCAUCCCAGCACGCCGCGCGACGCCAAGAUCAAGUUCAUGUUCGAUUUCUACGACCUCCAGCGCAAGGGCUUCCUGGUCAAGUCCGACAUCGAGGGGUUCCUCGCGGGCGCGCUACCGUCGGGGACGAACUUGGAUCCCAUCGUGGAUGCUACGUUCGCCGAGGCGGAUACCAAUCUGGAUGGGAGGAUCGAUCGCGAUGAGUGGAGGGCGAUGGUGGCCAAGCACGAGACAAUCUUGCGGCCGCUCACGCUAAAGGCGCUCCAGGAGCUCACGCUCGCGUACCCCGACUUCAUCUUCCACGUCGUUGACUAUAAUCCGGAGGUCAACUCUCUUGACCAUAGUUGACCUCCCGAGAAUAUUUUGGUAACAUAACUCUGACCCAAGAGGAAGCCUUGUAACGUAAAAACUACCUUUGAGAACCAAUCAACAAAUUUGCGAACAUAUCAAACCAUGUUUAUAAACAAUGAGAACAUAUCAUCUUGUAUCAACAAUAAAUUCAAAC